AUGUUUUUUAAAAGAAAGUUUUUAAAGUACUCCGGUUCCGGUAACAAAGGCGGAGCUGUGGAUGAGGGGCCGGAUUCUUACAAAAUUUUGAAAACUAUCCAGAAUCGGAAACCUAAAAAAGAAAAUCCAAAAGAGCUGUCAAAAUUUAAGAUGCAAAAAAAUAAAAGAAAAAAAACUGUGCAGUGUCAACAAUUACCAUGUCAUUACAACUGUCGAUUGACAUUUCGGAUGGCGAUGAGUUAUAUUUUUGACGUGACGGAUUAUAUGGAGUUGGAGAAGAAGAUGCCAGCGCCCACGCCUGCACUAUCAUCUUCAAAUAAAACUGGAAGUAAGGAGAAAAUUGAUGAAUUUACAAAUUUAAACGAAGAUUUCAGUAAAAGAUUGCCGUUACAACCUUUACUAUCAACAAUAUCAAAGAAAGACAAACUAAGUUUGGAUGAUUUGGACGAGGAGUUAGAUAAUAAUAAGAAAAAAUGA